AUGGAUUCCCAAGGCGGUCCAUACCUGAACAAGAGGGCCCUGUGCUCCCCGCUGGGAGCUGCCCGCCUCUGUCAGUUAGCCAUGGGCUGUGCUGUGAUCGCCAUGGUGGUCCACAGCGCCGGCUACAGCGGCUCACACGGCGUGUUCUGUAUGGCGGCGUGGUGCUUCUGCUUCGCCAUGACGGUCGUGGUGUUUUUCCUGGACGCCACUCGUCUCUACAGCUGCCUGCCCGUAUCCUGGGACAACCUCACGGUCACAUGUGCUGCCUUCGCCACGCUCAUGUAUGUGACAGCCUCAGUGGUCUACCCACUCUUCUUCGUCCGGUCUGAGUGUCCCUACGCCGGCUGCGAUGUCCGAAAUUUCCGCAUCGCCGUGACCGUCUGCUCCAUCCUCGCCGCUCUGGCCUACGGGGCCGAAGUGGCCCUGGUCCGAGCCAGGCCGGGCCAGGCCGUGGUGGGCUACAUGGCCACCGUCUCCGGCCUCCUCAAAGUGGUUCAGGGCUUCGUGGCCUGCGUCAUCUUUGGAGCUCUGGCCAACGGCAGCGAGUACUCCCGCUACGCCGCCACAAUCUUCUGCGUGGUCGUCUACGCUUUCUGCUUCGCUCUGACCGCGGUGGUGGUCAUCAUGACGGUGUGCGGGCGCACCAAGGCGGUGCGCUGCUUGCCCUUUGACCGCUUCGUGGUGGUCUGCACCCUCCUGGAGGUCCUGCUCUACCUGAGUGCCUCAGUGGUGUGGCCCGUGUUCUGCUUUGACACCAAAUACGGGUCUCCAUGGAGACCGUCGUCGUGUCCUCGGGGGAAGUGUCCGUGGGACAGCAAGCUAGUGGUGGCCGUCUUCUCUUUUGUUAACUUUGGGCUGUAUGUAACGGAUCUGAUCUACUCCCAGAGGAUACGCUACAUCUCCUCACAUGGGCCCAGUCGCUCACGAGUGUAGCGCCAAUAUGGGAGCAUUUUAUCGGCUUAACAGGUUUAAGUUAUGAAUCUGCUUCACUGUUUAUGAUUUUUUGCUUUUUGUAUUUCUUUGAUAUUUAAAGACACAGAAAAC